GUAAACAAGCGUAAUUGUAGGGUCGGCAUCUUGUGGCAAGUUCACAUCCAGACUCUCUCAUAGAUCGAUUACUCGGCCUUUUAAACCUCCCCCAGGUCAAAGGUUGGAGUUCAACCCGCCCGCCUUCUGGAGGCAAGAGAAACAAGAUGGAAGAUCAACAAGACAAACGGGACUUGUUUUAGUUAAUCCAACUUUUCCACUGUUGAUUUCUACACAUUCAAAUAUAUACAAUUAGCUAGCCAAAGCAAUCUAGCGCCCACGCCUUUUAUGGUUGAUAUAUCAGCUACUUAAGCGAGAUUUCACAGGUUAGCUGAUUGCCAACUGCCGUUAGACUGCUAGCUAGGCUAAGCUAGGUUAGCUUGUUUCUGUCUGGUCGGAGCGUAGUGAGACCUGCCAUCAUGCAGGACCUGAUAGCCACCGUGGACCACAUCAAGUUUGAUCUAGAGAUAGCUGUGGAGCAGCAGCUGGGGGCUCAGCCUCUCCCCUUCCCCGGGAUGGACAAGUCCGGGGCUGCUGUGUGUGAGUUCUUCAUGAGAGCAGCAUGUCUCAAAGGUGGUAUGUGUCCGUUCCGUCACAUCAGUGGGGAGAAGACGGUGGUGUGUAAACACUGGCUCAGAGGACUCUGUAAGAAGGGAGACCAGUGUGAGUUUCUACACGAGUACGACAUGACCAAGAUGCCCGAGUGUUACUUCUACUCCAAGUUCGGAGAGUGCAGUAACAAGGAAUGUCCGUUCCUCCACAUCGACCCAGAGUCUAAGAUCAAAGACUGUCCCUGGUAUGACAGAGGCUUCUGCAAACAUGGUCCAGACUGCAGACAUCGCCACACCAGAAGAGUAAUCUGUAUGAACUACUUGGUUGGGUUUUGUCCAGAGGGCCGGUCCUGUAAAUUCAUGCACCCGCGGUUUGAGCUGCCGAUGGGAGCCACGGAACAGCCUCCUCUACCAGCACAGAUACUGGGUCACCAGAAGCCGUUGCCUUCGCUUGGCCGCUCGUCCCUGUCACUCAUCCAGCUGACCAAUCCUGGGGGCGGGGCGGGUCCUCACCAGCAUCAACACCAUCAACGCCAGCCGUACUCCUCUGGUCCCAGCAUGCAUCAGCACCACAACAACAUGGGAGGAGGGAACAGGGGUCCUCGCCCACUAGACCAGGUCACCUGCUACAAGUGUGGUGAGAAGGGCCACUACGCCAACAAAUGCACCAAAGGACACCUGGCCUUCCUCAGUGGACAGUAACUCUCUCACAACCCCUGUGGUUGGACUCCGUUCAGCUGGAAGACGACCAGAGCAGAAAGUUCUGUCGAUUUUGAGAUGCUAUUUUGAAACUUCCAAGUCCUUCGCUGAGUCCUCAGGACCCUCCGGACAGACAGACCUGUUUCUAGAUCGUCAGACUGGAGGACAGCAGACAGAGAGUUGAAGCGUCUAUGGUCUCCCAGGUAACUAGACGAGUGUUUCCCGACUGCGU